ACAUGAGUGCUGAUACUGUCAAAGAAGCUCAAUUCCUACCACACCCUUCAUUACAACUUUUAACUUUACCGCUCUCCCAAUGGUUGAUGCAGAAUUUACAGGAGAGGAAAUCAGGAUUUACAGCAGAGAAAUUGGGAGUUGGAAAACAGAAGGAAACAGGGGAAAUAGUCUGUAAUGAAGGAGGGGAUUCCCAUCUUAGUGAGUAGUGAUGGGAAAUUGAAAAGAGGACCUCCCAUCUAUAAUUAGGCUAAGUAUUUCCAUCCGCUGCUAAUCACAACCUCUAAUCCCUCCGCUUCCCUCUUUUUAAACCCUUUUUAAAGCUUUAAACUAAACCCACCCUCCCAACUACCUUAGCCAAUAAACUAACCGCUCACCUCUUCCUCCCCUCUUCCUCCCCCACCCCAAAGCCAAACCUAAAAAGAGUGAAAGAGCCCACUUUUUCCCAAACUCUGCAAGCAAAAAAUAAACAAAAAACAAACAAAAAUCCCCGCUUUUGCAGCUGCUCCUUCAAUCACCACCCCUUUCAAAAUACCCAAAACGAACCAGAAUAGAAAAACAGGAAAAGAAUAUCCUUUCUUUCUCUUGUGUUGUUUUCAUGUGUUGCAAAGUUUGAAUUUUGGGAAAUAAAAGUUCUGAUCUUUCUACCGCUAUCAAAUGUGGCGGCCGUGGGGUAACAAAAAAUCGCCGGUGCGGAUUCAUGACACUUCGUCUCCCUUCUCCUGCUCUUCCUUCAAAGACAUCCAGCACCUUUGCACGGAGGAAUCUUCUCUCUCUUCCGCCACCAAGAGAACCGCCAAUGUUUUUCACCGUGUGCGAAUCGCCAACUCCCUCCUCCGCGCUUGGGCCCCCGACCGCGCCGGGACAAGGCCCGACUCCUGUGGGAAAAUCCCGGAUUCCGUUACGGAUCGUUCCAUUUCUAUCCCGGGCGCCGACAAGCGCAUUGUGGUUUACUUCACGAGCCUCCGAGUGGUUCGGUCGACAUUCGAGGAUUGCAAGACCGUCCGAUCGAUCCUCCGAGGAUUCCGAGUCUCGAUCGACGAACGAGAUCUGUCGAUGGACUCCGGGUUCUUAAACGAGUUGCAAGGGAUCCUCGGUCAAAGUAAGUUGACUUUGCCGCGGGUUUUCAUUGGCGGGAGAUACAUGGGAGGUGCAGAGGAGAUCAGACAGCUACACGAGGCAGGCGAGCUCAAGAAGUUCGUGGAAGGAUUGCCUGCAGCUGAACCCGGCACCUGCGACGUCUGCGGAGGUUAUAGGUUCGUUCUGUGCCACGAAUGCGACGGUAGCCGUAAACUGUACACUGAAAAAUCUGGGUUCAAGAACUGUACGGCCUGCAACGAAAAUGGCCUAGUCAGGUGCCCUUCUUGCUCUUGUGCACCCCUCUGAAAAUAACUCUUUUCUUUUUACUAUAAAAGGGAAUUUUUGGAUCAAUUAAUUGUAGUUUUUGGUUUUCUUUCUUUUCCAUUUUUAAUUUUUUGGGCCCCAAGCAAAGGAUUUGUUGCUUUAAGAUUGUAAGAGCUGACUUUUUUUUUUGUAAUUUUUUGGUAACUUUUUGUAUUUUCUAGCUUUAUAAAGUAGUGAGUGACCAUUGAAAAGAGAGGAGAACAGUAGGAUUUAGCAGGCUUAAGCUUGUGUAACUGUAACUUUUUUUACUGUUUAUGGUUAAGAGGAUUUCCUUUUUCUCUACUGAUGAUGAACAAGAAAUCUGUCAAUGUCUUCUGUCGUAUUUGCUGUUGAUAUACUUGUUAGAGAUAGUUUCUUUACCAAA